UGUAUUUCCUUUUGUGGCCCAUAAGAGAAGAAGACGAACAAGAAAAGGAAAAAAAAACAGGGAAGAUGGGGCGAGGAGUGAGUGCCGGUGGAGGCCAGAGCUCUCUGGGAUAUCUCUUUGGAUCCGGUGAAGCUCCUUCCAAGUCAUCCUCCUCCGCCGCCGCUGCUGCUGCCGGAACAGCCGCCGCCGCACGUGGCAAUUCAAAGGCGGAGGAGAAGCAGAUUCCGGCAGGUGUGAGGGGGAGUCCCAACAAUUACUUGCGGUCAGAAGGACAAAACUGUGGCAACUUCCUCACGGACCGGCCAUCUACCAAGGUUCAUGCUGCUCCUGGUGGUGGAUCUUCUCUAGGUUACCUGUUCGGAGGCGGUUCUGCUCCUGAGAAAUGAGCCUCCGACUCCCAUCCAAUAAACGUAGAAAGAAUGUGAACCAUCACCAAGAAAUUGUGUCCUUUCUCUGUGUUGGAUCCCAAACAAUGUCUCAGAGAAACUCUGCAUUGUCUGUUCUCUUGAGUUUGUGUUCUUUGAAAGCCUGUAUCUUGACUGCGCUCAUUGUAUCUGUACUGCAUCAAGACGGUAUUUUCCGAAA